GCUGGAGCCAAGCCCGUCCCCGCGGCCAUCGCGGCCGGCCGGCCGGCUGGCAGGAGGGGACAGCCGAGGGGGGACGUGCCCCAGCCCCGCAUAAAUAAAAAGCCCCCGGCGGGGCCGGGGAGCAGGCGGCACCCUGAGGAGAGCCCGGGCCAGCGCUGCCGGAGCCGUGCCAGCGGGGCCAUGGAGCAGUACUUCUCAGCCACCCAGAAGAUGGAGCAGGAGGUGAUGUUCCCCAGCCUGCUCCGAGGGGUCUUCCCGCAGCAGGAGGGGGCGGCCCCGGCUGCGGGCGGCCACACGGACCUCUACGAGCGCUACCAGCUCCUCAAGGCCAUCAAGCCCGUGGUGGAGAAAGGCCUGGCCUCUGUCACCGACCAGAGCCAGACGGGCACCGGCACCGACGCGUCCUCAGACGACGCCGCCGCCAUGGACGCCCAGCUGGAGGAGCGCCUGUCGCGCCACCUGGCCGGUCUGCAGCAGGUCCUCACCCACCUCACCAGGGACACCAACGCCCUCACCCGGAGGUACAGCCAGAUCCUGGAGCAGAUCAGCCCCAGCGAGGGACAGCCCAGCUGGUGACACUGCCACGGCUGCCAGGAUGGGUGCUGGUGGCACGAAGGAGAGGACGUCCCCAUCGCUGACCAUCGCAGGCUCUCCCCCAGCCCCGCUCGCCCUCCCCGCACGGCGGCAGCUGGUCUCCCAGCGCUGGCACCGCGCGCCGGCAGCAGCUGCGAGCACCCGAGAGCCGGACGGUGCCUUAUCCUCAUAGGAAGAAGCACCUGGCAGUGCCAGGAGUCCAUCGGAAGAGCCGCAGGCUCGUGCCCUCCUCUUUAUUUUCAAAGAGCGGCACGAAGGCGGCAGCGCUGUGGAGCGGCCCCGACCUGCCAUGGGCCCCUGCGACCGCCGAGCCCUUUUCCAGCUGGUACCUGGACCGCGAGGGCCAUUUCCCCGAUCUUUGCUAAUAAAACAAGCCCUGUGAA